UGACGCGAGCGCGGCGGCAUCAACUUUCCGUGCCGCUGCCAGCAUCAUAUGGACCAUGUUGUAUUUACAUCCAUUAUCCGGGCUGGGCGACUCACGUUGUUUGAAGCUACGUCUGAGGACUUCCUGUGUCGAUCGAGACGAACGUCAGCUGACUUGACGCAGCUCGCGAAGCCCGUGGUCGCACCGCAGAGAAGUGAAGUUGAGCAUCCUGCAGAUCUUCAUGUUGAGAAGAGGGAAGAGUCAUACAUUCCACUGAGUUAACUGAGCAUCCGACUGUGCGGCAGCAAGACUGGCCGAGUGCAUCACGAUGGGACACUUUAAGUUUGCAUGGCAGAGGACUUCCUCCACAGCACACGACACAUCGCGGCUGCAUUCUUUGAUGCCGCCGUUCUACAUUUGAUGGCACCAUUCUGCUGUCAAGCCAUACAGUCUACGCAAAACAAGUGGAAACUAUGAAGUAAACUAAAGUGGAUACAAUUCGAUAGAAUUCACUCAUCUUCAACCCAUUCUCCAGUUAAUGAUUUGGAUUGAAGUCUGUCACAGGCAGACGCAUCCCACGUGUCUACCUGAGGCUGUCCUUCCAUUUUAUGGAGGCCUUGCAUAGUCGCUUGACGACUGGGGAGCAGUCCGGAGGUCAAGAGCAUUGUCAACCAGAGUCUCCUCACCGAGGACCGCAGCCCAAGUCUCCCUCCCAACCCCGGCAGCAAAAGCAAACUGGCUCCCCAAAGCCCCAUGGCACACUGCAGCAGCCCAAACAGUCCAGAAGACAGCAUCCUGAACGUAAACGUCUCAGGCACCAGCGACCGAGCAUUGACUCGGAUGCGGCGGUUGAACACAAUCAUGAGGCAACAAAAGCAACCACGGUUUCUAGUUUGUCACCAAGCUCAACCACCUCAGCAGGUGGCCCCGCCCAGUCUAAACCAGAAACCCAGGAAGGCACCACAAAACAAAAACGUGAGCGCAAACCUCAGAGACCAGGCAAAUACGUCUGCACUUACUGCGGCCGUGCAUGUGCAAAGCCGAGUGUCCUACAGAAACAUAUUCGCUCCCACACAGGGGAAAGACCAUAUCCCUGCGCCCCGUGUGGCUUCUCUUUUAAGACCAAGAGUAACUUGUACAAGCACCGCAAAUCGCACACCCACAGGGUGAAGGCAGGUCUAGCACUUGGGGAGCUGAGAACUUUAGAAGAGCAAGUCACUGAGUCAGAAGAUGAAACCAGACAGCUGGUAUCAUCCUCUUCCCUCGCAGACAGGCAAAGCAGUGUAGCCUCAAUCACGAGUCCAGACACAGACGGGGUCAAAGAUUGCACCGGAGGAAACGAUGACUCAAAUGCAGUGAAAAAGAGACUGGCCUUGCGUCUCAGUCGAGGAAAACAUGGUCCUCGAGACUCAUCUGAUGAAAAGACAUCAUCUCUAAUUUUAGGGAGUAAAGGUAGUACAGAAUCAGGCUAUUUCUCUCGCUCUGAAAGUACUGAGCAAUCACAGGACAGCCCGCCGAACACAAGUGCCAAAAGCUAUGCAGAGAUCAUCCUCGGCAAAUACGGGCGUCUCGGACACCUACAGAGGAUGUCCCGGCAACAUAACCAGCAGCCCUCUGGUCAGGAGGACAAAAGCAUCGCAUUCACAGUCCCCAAGAAGCAGGUCAUUGAUCACAUCACCAAACUCAUCACUAUCAACGAGGCAGUGGUUGACACCAGUAAAAUUGACAGCGUAAAGCCGAGGAGAUUCUCACUCUCCAGGAAGAAUAGUUCAGAGUCCCAAAAGAGUUCAUCUGUGAAAGACACAUUCAUUCACAGCCCUAAAGCUGGAGAUCUGGGCUAUAAAAACAGUGGCUCCAUCACCAUGGGAGUUCCAUGUGAAAAAUUUCAUCAUCCGUCCCAAAAUGUGGAGCGGCCAGCUGGCCAAACAUCCACUGCCCCUUUGGUGAGAAGUCACUCAAUGCCAUCUGCAGCAAGUUCAUUUGACGCCUCCAGUGGUGGCCUCAGUAAGUUCCGCUUAACUCAGUCCUUCGAUGAACGGCAGCCCUCUGAAACACAGGCAUCCCGUCGUUACCGGAUGCUAAAGCGGCAGCCAGCUAUCGAAAUCCCACUUGGUGCCGAACUUACAAAAGAAGAACAAGAGGGUUCUCGUUCACUUUACACAGACGUCGUUACCACUGUGCCUGACCACAAGCAAAGCCAACCGCAGCCGUAUGAGUGCGAGGCCUGUGGCACGGGAUGCAAGGAUUGGGAGGGUUAUAAGAAACACAAGAAAAGCCUGUGCUUAGUACAUCAUCCUAAAAAUGAGGUGGUAAUUAGUCAAACGGGGUGCUCGCAGCUGAUUAACCACGCAGUCAGAGCAGGGGCUUCAGCAAUGCGCAAGAGACGGAAAGAAGAGAGUUUUGAGUUUGAUGAUCCCUCUUCUCCUUCAUUACCUUCUCCGGCCCUCUUGUCAGGACAGUGUAAAGAUGAAAGCAAUGUAGCUUACGAGGGUCCCCGGAGACCUGCACUACAAACCUGUUCAGUAAUUCAACAUACUCGUUCGUUUGAAAAACAGGAAUCUUUUUGCAAUGAUAGUCAAGGCGCCAUGGCAACAAAAAACUCUCCACCUCAUGAAGAAUAUCAACUGGUGCCUCGGAAACAACCCCAGUGUUCGACAGAACUAACAACUCGGAAGCUGGUCCUGCAACACAGCGUGCAGGUCCCAGAAAUACUGGUUACAGAGGAUUCAAACACAAGGGCAUCAACCUCAUUAGAGCCAACAUCCACAGUAACGCAUUCAGAGAAACCUGAUGAGUUUCAGUGGCCACAGAGAAGCCCCUCUCUGGCCCAGCUCCCCAUUGAAAAGCUUCCCCCAAAGAAGAAGCGCUUACGUCUAGCCGAGGCUGCCCAAUCCUCCGGGGAAUCCAGUUUUGAAUCUAUAUCCCUCCCUCGCAGCCCUAGUCAGGACAGUAGUGCAUCGUAUGCAUCGAGUCGUUCCACAUCCUUUGAAGAGACAAAUAGACCAGACAUGGAGAUCGCAGGUUCAACACCACUGAGGAGAUCAAGAGCUCCUCACAUGUUGGCGGUGCCUGGGGUGCAUCAGCACCGAGAGAUGAGGCGCUCAGCAUCUGAGCAGGCGCCUCAUGACCCACAACAGAGUGUCCUCAUGGCUGAGACCCGCAGUAAGUCUUUCGACUACAGUUGUCUGUCGCCUGAGCACUCUGCAGUUGGCUGGAGAGAAAGAAGAAAGUGUCUCCUUAUGAGACACACUGCUAUUAGAGAUCCAGAUGAGGAGGAGCAGCAGCAGUGUGCCAUACCGAGACGUAGUCCCGAACAUGUCAGCUCCACCCCAUCUUCGAAAGCGAGCCCGACUUCUGUGUACUGCAGCAGGUCUCCUACCUCCCCUUUAUCAGGUGACACGGUCUUGCGUAAUCCAGUAAGAUUACAAGGCAAAGAGCGCUUCUCUCAGUGGAAACUCAGUCAAAAUAUUCAGUUGACGGGCAGCUCAGAACUCACAUGUAUAGAUCAUGUAAAAAAAGAGGCCUCACACAUCCAAACAGAGCAGCCGCCUCCUCAAGCAACGCAACCCUAUCCAACACAUGGACCAUCGGGGGCAGCCAGAGCUCACUAUCUCCCCAUGUCUACAGGGCUGAAGCUAGAGAUUCCUUUGCUCCACGAUGAUUAUUCUGAGGUUCGAGUAAAUCCCUCUCGCAUCCAGCACUCUGUGCCUCACAUCACUUCCAGUCUGGAACUCAUGAGGCCAGUCCCGUCUCCAGCGGUAGCGGUGCGUCUCCAAACAGACACACUCACCCUAGCAUGUGCCAUAUACACUACAUUUUCUCAGUCCACCUCCCCCAGGCCACAGGAGGCGGUUGAUGCUGUAUCACACAAUAUGGGCAUCCCAACAGCUGAAUACAGAAACAAAAGUCCAGACCCUCAAUUGCGGUCUGACGAUGGCCUGAAGAUAUCAGGCUCAGGAGGCAACAAGCGUAUGCUUUCCCCUUCAAACAGUAUAGAGCUCCUCCCUGGGUCACAGCAGCAGCAGAAACGAGUAAAGGAAGAAGAGGAAGGGGAGUUGGGAUGUGUCGACGAGGCAUCAGUGGACACAUGCAAUCAGGAACUCAAAAAAGAAAAUCAGACAUGUCUACCCAGUGUUUGUUCUCCCAUUGCACAUGUUGGCCCAUCAUACCCCAGUCUGCUGUCCAACACCUGUAAUAGCUGGUGCUAUUUGAACUACAUUAAACCAAACCCAUCGACUCUGGAUGAACAGAAGCCCUCAGUGUAUUCAUCGUGGUCCACCAGCAGCUAUGACCCCAACCCACCUGGCCUCUCAAGCAAGACGGCUCUCUCUCUGCUGCACUGCAAGCAGAGGCUCAGUCCCUCCAUCUACACUGUAUCCCCCAUGUCAGUCAGGACAACCGAGUCAAUGGAGCAAGAGGACAACAAAAGGCCGUGCUCCUCUGAGGUUUACAGCCGGUCGUACUGCAGAGACCACGAGGGAACGAGGAAGGCACCGCUGUCAGCAGAUGAAAACAGGUCAGACAGAAAAGAAGAGAGGGAGGAUGAGAAGAAGAGCGUGGAGGAGGAAGUACAGUCAUGCUCCAUAAAUAAACAACCUCCCGAAGUUUGGAUCCCUGAGAGAGGAUCGAACGAGAAGUAUGCUCUCGUGCCCGGUGGAGGUGGAGGGAAGUGCCAAUGUGAGGACUGUGGAUUCCACCUUAAGAAUACCACCGGUGUGCCGCAAAAGUGCCCCCGUCGCAUCACAGAAUCCCCGCCAUACAACUGCAAACGCAGCGACCGUUCUCUCGAAGCCAAAGGAGUCUGUGAAGAACGUUCACUUCACCCAGAUGAUCAAAAAGAUCCUCAGCACUCUGAUCGGGGGAAAAGUCCACAUGAGGAGGCAGACGAUGCAAGAGACCAAGAUGGCCGACCUGGUGAAGACAGCCGGGCCACGGUGGCUGAAAGCUCUCACACUGCCUCCUCUGACAGUGAGAAGUCUCAUCCAGGAGGCCAAUCAAUGGAGCCUGAACCCAGCCGGUCCGUCCCGCUUUCCCCCGAGGGUUCGACCCCGAAGAGCUCGGCCAGCGCCAGGAGGGCCUUGUUCGCCCGCAGGCGCUUCGACGCGUCAGCAUCGGCGUCCUCCGGAGGCUCGCGCUCUCCGAGCACUCACGCCCUGAAUCCGCGCAGGGAGCCGUCUCCACCUCGUAGCCCGUCACCCGGACUUCACCAGUCCCCUGCUCCCCUCUCCUCCCCCUCCUCACCCGGUUGUCGUGUCUCCACCUCCACACUGAGACCAGUCUCCCCAGUUCGAGGUCUUUCUCCUGUAACGGUCCGGUCCCCUGGGCCUCCAGGCUCCCUCGCAGACUCCUUCGCACCGUCUCAAGCUUGUCUUCACCCAGGAGACCGAUCGUCUAAUGCAAGAGCGUUUGUGGAUAACGUUGGUCUGACCCACACCACCCCACAUCACACGCGGCCUCGCGGAGCCCACACCCUCCUGAGUCACCUCCCUAUGCACUCCCAGCAGCCGAACAGGGCCCCCAGCCUCCUGCUUCCCAUCGGGGGGAUUCACAUGAUUCAGCCCAGGUCCACCCUCCCUCUGUACAGCCUGGUGAGCAGCCCCGCAGCAGCCACGGCAGGCCCCGCCGGGAGAUCCUGGAAACUAAGUGACGCUCCGAAGGGGAGGUUUCCUCUGCUGCAGCACCAGGAUACCCUCAAAGAGCCGUCGCCCAACAGCCGGGCCGGCACGCAGGACCCCGAGGCAUCGGGGGGCGUGUCCGGGAGCGGCCGAUCGGACGCUUUAUUGCACAGAAACGGUCGGGGAUGCUUCGGCGUCCGGCAGCCGUCCAGCACCGGGACAGAGACAAGGCCUCCGGAGGUCGUCACGGACGUACACGUUACAGAGGUGUGUGUUUACCCCCAGUCCACUCAAGGCCAAAAAAAGGCUCCUUCCUCCCAGACACAACUCUGAUAGGAGGGAGCGUCUGAAGGGACAGUGCAAAAGACCAGAGCCUGUUGUCAAAACACAGCACUGGUUUGGAGACCGAGGACAAAAGGCAAGAGCACUUCAGCACCGCUUCUGAAUGACGCUGUUAUGUAAUCAUAUGAAUAAUAUAUAGACACUAUGUUAAUUAUGCAGUAUGUUUUGUAAAUCUUUUUUUACCCUCUUGUUUGAUGUCAUCGGUGUUAAUUUAUUUAUGUGCUAUUAUGCAAAUUCUGUACUAUAUGCAAAAGCAGCUGGAAUGAAGAUAGACAAAGUUUUAAAUCAGUUUCCCUAUUAACCCAUUUGACAGCUCUGAUAUACUAUUGCUGUGUUAAUGUACUGUAUUACCAAAAUGGAUAUAGAAAGGUACCGCAAAUAUUUAUUCACCCCGACCAGUAUUUUGAAGUGCAAUUUUAUGUCGAGAUUGUGUCAUUCUUAAAAGGCUGUGAUUAUUAUUUGUCAGUUUUUGUUGUUGUUGUUGUUGUUGUUGUCUUUGUUUGAGUUCAAAGAAGCAGGGUUACGAUCACCUCCUUUUCUAAUGUCUUCAGGAAAAGAAAAGUUUCAGAUGAAGACAUUUUGGAGUGCACUGACAAAUAAUUUGAUAUCCAGAGGAAACCUGUUUCACGUACAUGGUAGCUACGGUACAGUUUCUUUUCAUAAAACAGAUACAUGUAUUUUUGUGUUGUUGCUUUUAUAAAUGAUACAAUCACUCUGUCAUCUUCAUGUUUACCAUUAAACUUCUCAUUUUUACAGAUUUAUAUUAAAACUGUUACACGUG